AAUACGCAGCAAAUCUUCGUCACAUCCAACCAGGAAGGCAUCCAUCCAUAAUUAAGCUCCGAUAGCCUCCAUGGAAAGCCUCACCGCUGCUGCCCGCUCGGCGUUCGCCUCUGCCGCACAAGCACCCGACCUCUCUGAACGCGGCCUUACGGAGAUUCCGGAUGGCGGAACUCCAACUAUUAUCGACUUCAUCCCGCCACCCCGCAAGGGACCGCUUCGCGUCCGCCGAGCCGCCCACAACGUCGACGCGGAGCACCUGAAGAAGUUCGAAGAAGGCAUAGAGCUUAUGAAAGCUCUUCCGGCCGACGACCCCCGCAGCUUCACGCGGCAGAUGGACCUUUACCAUGCCUACCGCGACAGCGCUUACCACCAAGUCGGCCUUCCCAAACUUGACUUGCAGAUACAGGGGCCCAACUCACGGUUCUUCUUCCCCUGGCACCGCUGCUACCUCUACUUUUAUGAGCGCAUCCUCAGCAAGCUCAUCGGUGACGAUGAGUUCUCAAUUCCCUUCUGGAGCAUGGACGACCCCGAAAGAAAGGUGGUGCCUGAUUUCUACAACAAGGACCACGACCCGAACAACCAAAAGCAGAAGCCGGCAAUCCACGAUUUGGGCCACGACUCGAACCCGAGCUUCACCGAACGCAUGGAAGACAACCUCAAAUACAUGCACCGAUCUAUGACAUUGAUUGGAAAGAGCGCGGGGCUCUUCAUGGGCUCGUCGAACGGGGAAGGGGAGGAAACCAAUUACCCUGGCGGUGGAUCCAUUGGGCAAAUCCCACACUGGCCUGCUCAUGUCCGGAUCGAGGAGCCGGCCGACUCCAACGUUGAUCCCAUGGGAAGCUUCUUCUAUGCCUGGCGUACCUGGGACUUUGGGGCAUGCUGUGCCAACGUCGACCGCCUGUGGUCGGUCUGGGAGGCAAAGGGCGUUGCCCAUCGCGGAGACAACGGUGAAGCUGACUGGUUCGAAGCGUAUUUCUACUUUUAUGACGAGGACCGGCAGAUUGUGAGGAUGAAGGUUAGGGAUUGCCUUGACACGAAGAAAUUAGGUUUCAAGUAUGAGACGGUGGAGCUUAAAAGCAAUGUAUGAAUGUGCUUUUGCGUGUUUAUUUUCUUAGGUUUGAUAAAUGGUUUGACUACCACGCAUGGUUAAACUUGGGCUUUGUAAUGGUAUGUUUCUUGUUGUGCGUCUCUUAUUUCCAGCGAGAGCAUGUCAGAUGUUGGGUGUACUUCAUUUUCAAUAAGAGUGAGUCAUUAAUAGUUUUUUUAGUAAAAAUGUUUAUAUUAUUAUGUAAA